AAAAUAAAAUCACUUUAAAGUAUUAUGCGGUUUAAAAGAAAAAAAAAUAAAUAAUGAAAAUAUUAAAAGACACUGAAAAUGUUAGCAAAUGGAAGGUAAAGAAAUAGUAUUGAAAAAAAAGCGAAUAUUCGCCUUCAUUUACGAGAAAAUAGUUUAUGGACAUUGGUUUUUACCGGAGGAUUAGUAUUCAAUAUUAAAAAAAAAAAAAAAACAAUUCGACAAAGUAUAAUAAAAAAGUAAAACCAACAUUACGAUAAAUAUACUCUUGUCACAAUAAACUAAUAUUUAACAAGUGUAAUAUUUAAAAGUGUAAGUGUGCAAACCUGUCAAUUACAUCAAGAUUUAAAUGACAAGUGCUCACUUAUAAUAUUUCUUAUAAAUAUUAUACAAAAAAAAAAAAAAAAAUACACAAAACGGGACAAAAACUCAGGGCAAAACUAGACAAGCAGUACUAUAAUCAAAAGUAGGUGAUAACUUUGUCAAGUGUAUAUUGAAUACCAAAAGUUUAUUAUAAAAAUAAUAAAAAUAAGAAAUCCUUUGACCAAAUAAUGUCCGUAUAUAUAUAUUAUGUCAUUCACACCGUCCGGGCUGGGCAAUCCUGAAUUAAACCUGAACAUAAGUGUAUGCUAGAAUUUAAUUAGAUAUAUAGAUAGAAAAAAAAAGAAGGCUGUCAAAAAGAAAAUUUUAAUUGUCUUAUACAUUAUAAACACACAAAAACACAAACAUCCAUAUGUACUAACGCAAAUGCACUUGAAUUAAUAAUAAAGUGAACAUAGACCGAAAUAAAAAAAUAUUAUGAACAAUAAUCAUAUAGAAUGUAUUGCUCGAUAUUACAUUAAUCAUUCAAAAAACAACUUGUGAAUAAAUAAUAGAAAAAAAAUAAACAUAUUAUUAGUAUAAAUAAAUAUUAAAUAAUAUUGUAAUUCAAAUUGGCAGUAAUAAAAAACUGCCUGUUUGUCGAGCUGGUGCUACUUACCGAUAGGUGUGCCGAAAAGCGGGCAAGCUGCGCCGUAAGGGGGUAGCACGGGCUUCGCGUGAAGGCCUCAAGAUUUCAGACGUGACGGCGGCCCUGGACCUGCGUUCUCAGACGCAAGCCCAGCCGGAUUUUGUUGGCCUGGAGCAGCAGCAUCACCAUCCGCAGCGGCACCAGGUCCAAACAAGUCCGGAAGUCCUAGAACAUCGUAAUCACCCAUUACAACAACAACAACAACAACAAUUGCACGGAGAUAAUAAUAAUCACUCCCAUCAUCAUCUUCAACAACAACAACAUCAUCAUCUUACAAAUCACUAUUCUCAUUCACGAGAAACAGGGAGUGAUCUAGCAAUUGGGGGUGAAAGUGGAAUCAAUAUCAUCAAUCAUAAUUGUGGCCCAGAUCAAACAACAAUUGACAUUGUAGGUACAAAUGAUAAUGAGGUAAGAAGACUUCAACACGUGGAAGAAGAUAUUACAGAAAGAGAAGAAGAAGAAGACGAAGAAUUAAGUUCACCUGAAACAGAUAUUGAUAAUUUACAGUCUGAACCAAUGGAAGUCCAAGCAUCAGCAGUAUCAGCUGCAGCAGCAAAUCUUCAUGCUUUACGACAGCAUGUAUUUAAAAUGUCAGAUUAUUGGCAACAACCACAACGUGGUCCUCCUCAACAAUCACCUGGCUUACAAUCAAGUCCAAAUGCCCAAAAUUCUCACAAUCAACAGCAACAUAAUCAACAGACUUCCAUGCAUAGUCCACUUGGACAACAACAACAGACUGAACAGAGUAAUAGUAGUGUUGGACAAAAUACAAAUAUUGGACCAAGUUCUACACAAAUGCAACAAGAACAACAGCAACAACAACAACAACAGCAGCAGCAACAGCAUGCGAUGACAAUGGGACAACAAAAUUCUCAAGCAGGACAUCAGUCAUCAUCAUCACCAACAACACCAUCACCACAUACUGAUCAUCAAUCAACAAUAAGUUCUAGUAUGGUACAAAGCCUACAUAAUAUUACACAGGCACAACAUUCAAUGUCACAAGCAUCAAGUCCAUCACUUGCUGUACACGCUGCACAAGCAUUGAAUCAAAAUCUUGGUCAAGCACUUACACAAGCUUUAACUCAAAAUAUUCAACAGAAUUUAGGUCAGACACUUUCACACAGUCUACCACCAAGUUUGUCUCCACAACAUCAACAACAACAACAACAGCAGCAACAACAGCAGCAGCAACAACAGCUUUUAAAUCAACCACAAAAUUUGAGUCAACCAAAUUCAACACUACAACAAAAUAUGCAAAAUCAAGCGCAAAAUCUUAGUCAAACCUUACAACAACAGGCUCAAAAUUUAACACAAAAUUUAUGCCAAACAAUAAAUCAACAAUCAUUACAACAACAAGCACAAAAUUUGAGUCAAAAUCUUCAACAACAAGCGCAAAAUUUGACUCAAAAUUUACAACAACAAAUUGCAAAUUCAAUGGUACCAAAUGGUAGUUUGGGUGGUAUGAAUCAUCAACAAAAUUCACCAAAUUCAAUGCUUAGUCCUGGAGCUGGAAGUCAAGAUUCACAUGAUGCUACAUUAACUGAAAAACUUGUUAAUGAACUUCAGACCCGUACCUCAGCGGCUGGUCUGGGAGGUCCUGGUGGGGGUGGAAUGGCCAACAUCAACGAACGGACCCUUGAGGAAUGCUGGUCCACUUUACAGCGAUUCUUCUCGCAGAUUUUCAUGCAUAAGAGCGCUAUGCAGAGUGCAAUGCAUGCGAGGGAUUUGGGACCUGGUGGUCUUGGAAGUAGACCAGGUGUACCAGGUGGUUUAUCUGGUCUUGGAGUUGGUGUUGGUCCAGGCGGUAUGAUAACUGGCAACGAGGUCAAACCACAUCAAUGUCAACAAUGUUUAAAAUCAUUUUCAAGUAAUCAUCAACUUGUACAACAUAUCAGAGUUCAUACUGGUGAAAAACCCUAUAAAUGUAGCUACUGUGAUCGAAGGUUCAAGCAGCUCAGUCAUGUACAACAACACACCAGGCUUCAUACGGACGAAAAUCUAAUCGGCGGUAGCCACCCGUGGUACCAUAAACGGUUUUCGGAACGCUUCCACGAGGUGGCGUGGAGGAACGCUUCCCACUCUGUCAAGAAAGAUGCUGAUAAUUCAAAUCUCCAAAUUGGUGAACGACCGUACAAAUGCCAUUUACCUGAUUGCGGUCGAGCAUUUAUUCAACUAUCAAAUCUUCAACAACAUUUGAGAAAUCAUGAUGCACAAGUAGAACGUGCAAAAAAUCGACCCUUUCAUUGUAAUAUUUGUGGCAAGGGUUUUGCAACAGAGUCAAGUCUUCGAACGCACACGUCGAAGGUCAGUCAUGAGUUGCAACAGCGUGUUGUGUUCCAGCAACACGCCGGCCUCAUCGGCGGCCCAAAUGCUACCAGCUGUCCAGUCUGUCACAAGCUAUUCCUUGGAGGUGAAGCACUGAUGGAACACAUGAAGAUCACACACAAGGAUCCAAAUGCUUCUGGUGUUGCCAUUCCUCCUGCUGACUGCACCACCUCCGUUGCUGGGGUUUACCUAGCGAAACGAAGGACCGCGAAUCAUCCAUGUCCAGUUUGUGGGAAACACUAUGUCAAUGAAGGAAGUCUAAGGAAACAUUUAGCUUGCCAUCCUGAAACUAGUCAACUGAGCACAAAUCUUAGAAUGUGGCCUUGCUCUGUUUGUCAAGCAGUAUACACUCAUGAAAGCGGUUUACUAAGUCAUAUGGAGCAUAUGAGAAUGGAUCCUAAGCAUCAAUUUGCUGCCCAGUAUGUGCUUAGUCGUGCUGCUGCUGAAAGACGUGAGAGAGAACUUUUAACUGGCUCUAGUUUAGGUUCUGGCCUCAGUGUAUUGUCAGGACAAGGUGGACCACAAAAUUUACAACAACCACCAAUGUGUCCAUCACCAUCUGCUCAUUCAGAUAGCAGCAGUGGGAAUGGUAGAUUAUCAUCAGCUGGUAGUGAACCUGAUUUUUGUUCAGGUUCUGGUCUUUUAAAUAAUAACAACAAUAAUAACAAUAAUAAUAUGGCAUCACCUGGACCAAGUGGAAAUAAAUUAAGUGAAAUGUUGAGAGUUAGUAAUCAACAAUCAUCAGCUCAACAAUAUCAUGAUGAAAUGCAAUCACAACAACAACGUAUGGCUGUUAUGGCAGCUGCUGUACAAGCAGCAGGUUUACAAAAUUCUGUAUCACCAAAUUUGUCACCUGUGGAUGUUGCAUCAUUAGCAGCAGCCAUGAGAAUGGGAAAUAAUGGUGAUAUGACGAGCAAUGGUCAAGGUUCAACUGGUCCACAACAACAAAAUGUCCAAUCUGGUGGUGAACAAGCUCUUAGAAUGCAUCAAGCAGAGGCACUUCUUCGUUCACAAGCUGAAGCAGCACUGAGACUCGCUGUAUCACAAGCAGCAGCAGCAGCAAGCUCAGCCGUAACAAGUGAUAUGAGGCAUCAUUUAGGACAACACAAUGGUGGUGGUAAUACAUCAAAUAUGUCUGGACAUCAUGCCAAUCAACAAUUAUCACAACAAGAUAGUCUAUCACCAGAUCUAGGUAAGUCAAGCCAGAUGAUGAGAAGCCUCAGCGACGAUAAUCAGUCAUCCAACAAGCGUGUUAGACUAACUGGAGGACUGAUUCCAUCAUCAGGAGAAGCAUUACGGCUGCAAGAACAACGAUUAGAACAAGCACUAAGAUUACAUGGUGAUCCACGAGCACUUGGUUUUACUCUUCAACAUGUUGUUAAUCAACAAAACAAUCAGCAACCAUGAAAGUUUAGUUACUACUGAGAUGAGUGGACCUCCUGGGCAAAUGACAUGUCUUUACCAAUUGAACGAGAUCAAAUUCAAGUACAACAACAACAGCAACAACAACAAAAGCAUCAAACACAAUUGCAACAACAAGUACUUCAGAUCCAGCAACAACAACAGCAGCAACAACAACAACAACAGUUGCAGCAACAGCAACAGUUAUUACUACUGCAACGUUCAACGCCAAUUCAUGACCAGCAACAAAUUAAUACUGUGUCUGGCUAAUUAAUUAAGGAGGACAUAUAUCAACAAAAAUAAAUAAUAAUAAAUUGUUAUUAUUAACAAACGCCCAAUGGAGGUACACAGCAAAAAUACUCGCUAUCUCAGCAGUACAAUUUAUUCAAUAAAUAAUCAAACGGACAAUACUCUGUAAAACUUGAGAGUGGAUUGCUUAAUUUUCACUCAAUUAUAGUUCAGUCAUUCAAUAAUUAUAAAAAUAAUUAAAUGAAGGGAUAAUAUUACCAAAUAAGUUUAAUGAAAAUUAAUUGAUGAAUUUUUAAAAUAUCAUUAAAUGACUUUUUGGUUUAAUAAUCACGUCAACAACAUUUAAUCUAUCGUGAAAAAAAAGCAGGGCUAUUUUCCUGUAGUAUUUAAAAAAAAAAUAAAACAAAAUUUUUUUUUUAACCCGGGACAAAUAUAAAAUACCAGGUAUAUUUUCGCCCGAAAACGUGCCAUAGUAAUAAAACAAGAUACUGCUAAUCAUCAAAAUAUUUAAAAGUAAUAAACCUUAGUGAUAUAUCAGAUGAUUACACUGACGUUUUAUGAGCCAAGUACAAGAGUCGAGUGCCAAGGUGAUAUUGAUGGUUAAAUAUUACGGGUGAUACCAUCAUUAUCUACUAGAAUAACCAGCUGGACUCAGCUUAUAAUUAAAUAAUAUAAUAAUUGAAUAACCAUUUGUAGAAAAUUUUUAAAAAAUUAAUCUACAUAAAAAUGGAUAAAUUCAUAACAAAGAAGAGGAAAUGAUUAAAAUAAAUAAAAUAAUAAUCAACGUAUGAUUAAAUCAAGUCAAUCACACAAAUGACUAAUUUAAAUUUAAAAAACAAAAUAAUCAUUGCUAAAAUGAAAAUAAAAAUUUACCCAAUGUUCACAUUAAUUUGACACUUUACAAGAGCAAUACAGAAAGACAUUUUUUAAAAAUGUAAUUAAAAUUCAGUGCAUAAUAAAAAUUACGACAAUUGCGUGUACUAAAAUAAUACAUAUGGAAUAAUAAUAAUAUUAAUAAAUAUAAAUAAAAUAUAUAUAAAUUUUAAAAAAGUGCUUGGCAUGGCACCAUAAAUUAUUAGUACAUAAGACGAACAAGCAAAAUAUAUAUAAUUAACAUCAACUAUAUUAUAUAAUAAUAAAAAGAAAAAAUACUUUAUAAAUUAUAUAAUAAAAAAAUAUAUUGACGGAUUUCAAUAAACGUUGAAAAAUAUAUAUUGAUGAUUUAAUAUAUAUAAUGACAACGUGGUAAAUUUUUUUCUACCGUGAAUUUGAUGAUGAUUAAUUAAAAAAAAAAAAUGUUUUUGAAGAGAUUAAACAAAAAUAUUAAUAAUAAUUAAAUAUUAAAUAUUAUUAUAUAUAAAUAUACAUUAUUAAAUAUAGUAAUCUAUGAUGGAAUUUUAGACUUAAAUAUAUAUAAUAUAGACUGAAUAAAUGAGGGAUGUAUAAACUUAUUCGUCUGGUAUAUUUAAAUCGUUGCAUAUGUGUAUUAUUUGUACAAAAGUGCGUGAAUGCAGAUAGUGUUUAAAUGUUGAAUUUAGUAUGUUUGGAUUUAAUAUAUUCUAGACAAAUUUGUUUAUAUCAUCAAUUUAUAAAUGAAAUUUUAGAAUUUAAUAAUUAAACACAAUACAAACAAACAAAAUAAUUAAAAACAAAAAAAUUAAUAAUAAUUGUACGAUAAAGUAUAAAAUAAUAAUGUAAGUUUUUUGAAUGUAUGAGGUGAUCUGAGGUCCUGUGAUUGUUAAUAAUCGAAAUAUUUUUUUAUUUCCAAAGGAAGUAAACACGUAAAAAAAAUUUCUGCGUCGUUUUGAAUCUUUUAGAAAGAAAUUUAAAAAUAUAUACAAAAAAAAAUAAAUAAAACAAACAAACAAAAAAAAAUAAAUAAAUAAAAAAAAAAACUUUGCAAUAUAAAUAUACGUUAUGUUCUUGCAAUAUAAAACAAAAGAUUAUAUAUCUGCUUAAGAAUAAAAGAAAAGAACCAAGAGGGGAAAAAAUAUAUAUAAUGGUUAAGACAAAGUAUUAACAAAUUACGUGAUUUUCAGAUGACGAUUGAAGCUCGUAGUUUUUUAAUUUAUUACCUCGGUGUUUUUUAAAGUUUAAAAGAGAUGCUUGGUCAUCUGUGCUCAAAAGAAAUUCUUUUUUUUUCUUUUUUUUUCUUAUUUCUUUUUUUAUCUUCAUUGUUUUUAAUUUUUAAAUUUAUUUUUUUUGAGUUUUAUCUCAAUAGAAAAUGCAUAUGAAUGAUCAAACGAUAAAUUGAGAGAACAAAAAAAAAAUUGAAAAAAAUUCUUCAAAUAAAAUAUUAUUGGAUGGAAUUAUUAAUAAUUUGGAAAAAAUAAAAAAUGAAAAAUUGAACACCAUGUAAAGAACGAAACUAAAGAUAUGUUGCUUCAUCAAGUUUUAUCGAAAAAUAUAUAAUACAUUAUUUAAUUAAAAUAAAACAAUUAUUGAUAUAUUUUUUUUUUUUCAAAAUUACAUAGAUAAAAAUUAUAAUAAAAAAAUAAAUUAUUGUUUUAUCAAAAUUAAAUAAUUUAUAAAUAUAUAUAUAUUUUAAAAAAUUAUUAAUUUAUUAUGAAAUAUUCAGCAAAUAAAAAAUAAACCAAAGUUAGUAAAACGAUUGAUAUAAAUAUUUCGAAUACGUCCGUAAAUUAUGUAAGGAUUUAUAUUACGUAGAUUUUAUAUUUUUUAAACUCUCGAUUGACUUAUUAUUAUUCAUAAGAAAAAUUAAAAUUAAUAUAUAAUGCAAUAAUGAAAAAUAUAAAAUUAAUAAUGACGAGAGACAGUGAUAUAUAUUAUUUUUUAUUUUCGAAACAAAAAUUAAUUUUAAAAAUGAAAAAAAAAAAAAAAAAGGUUUAUCAAAUUCCUUACAAAAUUAAUGGACAGUCAAUAAAUAUAACUUGUUAAAAUGCACAUAUCUUUAGAUCGAUCUUAAAUAUCCAAUAUUAAAUUAAGAUCUUUCAUUUCUAAUCAAAAAAACAUCUUCAAUUUUUUCAUUCUUCGAGUUGCAUAUUUUUUAAUCCCUGAGAGCAGACAAAAUCUAGCUGAGUAAUUGAAAUAACUUUUUUUUUUUUUUUUAAAUGUUGAACAAAUAUUAUCAACUAAAUUUAAAAAAAAAAAAAAAAUAAACAAUAACAUCCACGUUGUAAUUACUCAACGACAAUGAAUUAUCAAUAAAAAAAUAUUAAGGUUAGCAAAAAGUGCAUCCUGCCGUGAGUCAAGGGUCGCUUUUCUGAAGUUCUAAACGUUAAAAAAUUAAUUAAUAAUCAAGGAUAAAAUAACAAAAAUAAAAAAAUCGAUCAUCAAACAAAAAAUUUCAGAAAUAUCUAAUGCAUCCCUCGGCAUGCAUUGACGCAAGUAUGCCAUGGAUAUGUAAAAUAUUCAAAUCCUUGAAGCAGCAAAAUAAUGAAAAUAUAUAAUAAAAAAAAAAAUCACACAAAUACACAAAAAAUAAAAAAAUAAAAAACACACAGGUACAAUAGUUCGUAGUGUAUGUUCUGUAAUCGAAGAAAAUAAAAAACGAAAAAAACAAAAAAUAAUUAAAAAAAAAAAAAAAAAAACAACGUGACGAUAACGCCGCGUAAAAAAAAAACUUAAAAAAAAAAAAAAAAUAAUAAUAAUAUUAUUAAUAAUUUACAAAUAUAUUGAUUUACAUAUGCCCGUACUCAUAAGGGGGGUUUAUGUGGCGCAGGUGCUCUACUAGAUUUCUGAGAGUUGAUAAAAAAAAAUUAAAAAGCGAUAAACAAGAUUCAAGGAAUACAAGAUUGAAUGAUUAAAAAUAAUAAUGUCAAACAUCAAUUACUUAUUUACUUAAGAUUUGAUGAUUGGUUAAAUGUAAAAAAAAAAAAAACAUUUAAAAUAAUAUUCAAUUGUGCAUUAUUAUUAUGAUCAUUCAAAAGGUAAAAUGAUAAAAAAAAAAGGAUGAAAAUGAGCAACUCAGAUGAAUGAUAAUGAGUAUAUUAAGCGACUGCAAAACAUUACCCCACAAAUCAUAAUCUUAAUCUCUUCAUGUAAAUUGCUAAAUGUUUAUAACUAAAAAAAAUUAAUGCCAUAGCCCGGAUGUGCUGGUGUAUACUCCCAGCGCAUACACUUACAAAUAAGACUCGACCGUGAAUAAAAAUAAAAAAAAAAAUCCGUAAAUCAAAUAAUUGAUAUACGGUAAUAUUGAUUCAAUAAUACCAA